AUGUUCAGCAGUCGACGUUCGCGUCCUCCAUCUCCUCGAUCCACCAUUAUUGUUUCUGGCGAUUCUACGCCCAUUCUUUCCUCUGCGCUCUCCGACUGUGACGCCGACGACGAGGCGACCAUGUCGGCGGCAGAAGAGUUCCUUGCCUCGCGGCCUCCUAGCAUGAGUGCCCCGCAAGGCCCGUAUUGUCCGCGCGUGCCUACUCUGGCAGAUGUUCUCAACAAUUCGGCCCCGCCACCUUUCACCCUGACGGCUUUUAUGGCAUACUUGUCCCAAAAUCAUUGCCUCGAAAACCUUGAGUUCACCAUGGACGCGUCGCGGUAUCAAAAACAGUAUGAGGAGAUGAUUGGUCCGGCUACGGAGGCCAGCUCUCCUACGAGUAGCGAUACAGAGUAUGUGAGAAUGUUGUGGCGUCGGUUGUUGCAUGCAUAUAUUGUACCCAACGGACCUCGGGAGGUCAAUCUACCGGGUGACGUACGGGAUGAUCUUUUGGCGCUUCCGGAUGACGAAGAUCCUCCUUCGCCGGAAAUGCUGGAUCCUGCCGUCAAGAUUGUAUACCAGCUCAUGGAAGAGUCGGUCUUGGUUCCUUUUCUCCAUAGUGUUUCGAACGCGGGUGGCGCUCCGAGUAUGGGCAUCAUUGAUACGAUGGACGAAAGAGUCUCGCACCGCCGCCACAGUCGUGACGACCGUCGCACCGGUCAGACGCAGCCGACGACGGCGACAGAGCAGCACUCAUCCUCGUCGUAUGGUUCUGCUAAUCUGGCGCAUCUCGGACGUCUCUCGACAUCAAACCUGGGUUCCACGCUACGGGCUAGUCGGCUUAGCCCGCAUCGCAGUCACAGCUCCAACACCAGCGGCGACACGCUGACGACGGAUGACUCUCAAAGUUCAUCAAACCCGGUCGGCGAACCAAUGACGCCUCCGACGACGCCUCCGACCAGCGAUGCUGGAGGACUAAGUCCCAAGUUACGACACGAUAACACGUGGAAGAAGAUGACGACCAAGUUGAGCUUCAAGAAGAAGAAGAACAAUUCGGGGUCCUUGAGCCGGCACACUACGGACUCGAUAUCCGAACAUUAA